UACUAUAAAAUCAAGUUGAAUCGAUCCACCGGUUUUUAAAUUCAUUACAGUUCUGUUACAACGUGUUUACGUCAAUAUUAUUUAGUUCUUAUAUCAAUCGAUUAACUUGUAUAAUAUUUAUAUUUAUCAUACCAUAUUUUAUUAGCUUUUUUUUUCACCGUUAGUUUUCACUCGGUUUUAUCAUCGACUUUAACUUGUUCUAUCAAGAGUUCUUGAUUUCUUUAUCAUUAUUAUAUCGUUGAGAGAUUUAUCGUGUCAGGACGAUUCGUUUGGUACAAAAAAUAACAUUUCGGUGCAGGUGUUACUUGAUUAUAAACUCUAUAUGCUUCAACCAAGUGAAAACCGAUAAGUGGAAUGAUAUUAAGUAAUCGUUACGUAUGAAUCGAGAUCAUUUAAAAACCUUAAGCUAGAGUAUUAGAAAAUUUCCAUUAUAAUUAUGAAGAUCCCAGCACAACUUCAAGAAUUUAAAAAAUGUCUUAUUAUUUUUAUGGUUGGCAUCAUAUGCAGUAUUUUAUCAUGUACUAUCUACGCCUUAGAUCCAAUUAAUAUAGUUUUUAAAUGGAAAUUAACAAUGACACCGACAUCAACAGUUUUUCUUAUGUGGAGAAAACCACCAGUUGAUGUAUUUCUUAAAGUAUAUGUAUUUAAUAUCACUAAUGCCGAAGCAUUUUUGAAUAACGAAGAAAAAUUACGAGUACAAGAAGUUGGACCUUACGUUUACCAGGAGAUUUUAGAAAACACCAAGGUGCUAUGGCAUGAUAACGGUACCAUCUCCUACAUACCUAAACGAACAGUUGUUUAUCGUCCAGAUAUGUCAAUAAGUGAUCCUACAAAAGAUAUAGUCACUGUUACCAACAUUCCAUUUUUGGGAGUCUCGUCAGCACUUUACGACGCCAGUUUCUUUGUUAACUAUCCAUUAGCACAGCUGACUAAUUUAUUAGACACUAAACCUAUUCUCAAUAUGACUGUAUAUGAAUAUCUUUGGGGAUAUGAAGAUCCACUAGUUCGUUUAGCUAGUGGUAUUGUUCCAAACUUCAUUAACUUUAAAAAAUUUGGACUUCUCGAUAGGAUGUAUGAUGAGGGCGAUAAUUUGGUAAAUGUUAAUAUUAAAAAAAAUAAAAACAUGUCAGACGAAAAUGGUCGUUAUUUGAGUAUUCAGCGUUAUAAUGGAAGUCCUGGUUUACCAAACUGGGGCUAUCAAGAAGAGGAAGGCAAUGAAACGAUUUCUGGUAAUACAAUUUGUAAUCGGAUCGAAGGAGCUACCGAAGGCACUAUUUUUCCAACUAAUCUUGACAAAAAUGCAGUAUUUAGAGUUUUUAGAAAAGCUUUCUGUCGAGCACUUCCGAUAGUCUUCAAAAAUGAAGUAACAACAUCUUCAGGAAUUACGGGAUGGGAGUACUCGCUGGCGGACAAUUUUCUUGAUCCACCUGAUAUGAAUCCCGAUAAUGAAUGUUACUGCCGUAAAAUGAAAAAAUGUUUGAAAAAAGGUCUCUCUGAUCUUACUCCCUGCUAUUAUAACAUACCAGCCGCAGUGUCAUUACCACACUUCCUGGAUGCUGAUCCGAGUCUUCUAAAAAAUAUUGAAGGCCUUCAACCAAUCCGUGAGAAACAUCAAACAAGAGUUAUACUUCAACCGGCAAUUGGCAUUCCUAUAAAAGUAAAUUCAAGAAUACAAACUAAUCUUGUAAUGCAGAAAAUAAAGUAUAAUAGUAGGAUUGAAGCGUUUAGUGAUCUUACAAUACCAUUAUUUUGGACUGAUUUAGAAAUUCCAUCCAUUAAUUCUGAACUUUUAAUGACAAUAAAGCUAUUACUCCAAAUCGGACCCAUCGUGCAAACAGUAAUGAUUUGUCUUUUUGCAAUAGCUGGGGUGACAACAUUUUUGUUAUCAUUAAUUGGAAUGCUAUGGAUAUUAAAUCAACAAACUGAACAAAAUACUGAUGGAAGAAGAGACAGUAUUGACUUGAAAAUACCACUUGGAUAUGGUCAAUAUACGGCAAUCCGAAUUUUACCCGCAAUAAAGAAGAUAACUUCAAAAACAGAUUUGUUCAGCUAAAACACCUUAUUUAUUAAGUUUAUUUAUAGAUAUUUUAUAUAUACAUCAUAUUGGUAAGUUUAGAGUGCUAUUGAUUACUCGACAAAGUUGGGAUCACUGGGUACAAUAGUUUAUAUGUUAAAAAAAAUAUAUUUAUCCGGCAUAUAAAUAUAUAAAUGUCACAUCCAAAGCAUAGGUGUGAAAUUUUUUUUUUUUUGACUCUAAAUAUAUUUUAGAUACAUUUUAUAAACGUCAACAUAGAUUUUGUUGCAUUUAUUAAAUUUCAUAUGCAAACAUGCCUACAAAAUUUUUUAACAUAUUUUUGUUUUACGUUCGCGGAGAAAAAUGAGACUCAAAAAUACAUGAAGAAUAAUAGAGAGUACUUCGAAUUUUAUUAUGCUAGUCUAUCAAACUCGAAACAGGUAACUUUUCUUUCAAUUAAUGUUAUCUGUACUUAUAAUAUUCGAACUCUAGAAUUACAAAAAUGAAGAUCACAUUUUAAAAACUGAGAUGUGUAAUUUAUAAAAAUUAUCACACGCGUACUAUAAUAAAUUUUGCAGUGGUUAAUUUUAUUUUUUACAUUCUAGUAUAUUUUUAAUCAAUCUGCUUUUAUCUUUUAUAAUCCCAGCAUAAUAAAAAUUAAUAAGUUAUAUUUCUCGAGAAAAAAGAGAUAGUGGACGAGAGAGUGAGCUUUGAUUCUCAAUAAAAGAUCACUAGUUCAAUGACGUGGGGUAAAAUUAAGGAGUCAUUUUCAAAGUUCUUUUUUUUUUUCCAAGUCCCGGGCGCGAUCACUGGUCUUCGUAGUUUGUUUGCAUAUCCUUGAUCCAUAUAGUUGGUAGAUCUCAAAUGAAAUUGCAUUUUAUUUACACGUAUUUAUCGAGUUAUUGUUUGUUUCAUGUAUUCAAAUAUUGAAAACUGCACUGUAUAAGUAGCAAUUUACAACAAUCAUAAUUCCUUUAUAAUAUUUCGCCAACCAAAAAUGAAAGCCAUAAUGUUUAUUUGUAUAAUUAUUUUCAAAAAUACAGUUACUAUACAGCAGUCGACAAAUUUUAUUAUGCUGGCAGUGUAAUUGUUGUGUACACAUCCUUGUAGUUUAAAGUACUGCUCUCAAAUGAAUUAUUACUACUGAGUUAUUGAAAAAUUAAAAUUAGAUGCAUCAAAUAUUGAUUAUACUACACAUUUAUUAUCGAAUUAGAAAUCAUUUUUACUUAAAUUUAAUAAAUAUUAUACAAUAUACUGCAAAAUUUAUUGUUUUUAAAAUAUUAAAGAGUGUAAUCAUAAAACUACGAAUAAUGAAAAUCAGCAGGUCAUGAUUGGUCAUUUAUCAUUCAUUUUAAAAUCUUUAUAAUAUUUUCUCUAAAAUAAUUAUAAACGUUAUAAAAAUUUACAUCAAAGAUCAAAGAUUUAAAAAUUACUAUGCUAGCACUGCAAUUAUUAUAUUCAUUUAUUAUUAUCUGAUAUGCUAUCAAAAAAAUUCAUUUUAAUUUUAUAUUUUUUGAAGUACUCUUCGGCCCGUUUUUCUUUAUGUAUAGCGAUGCACAUAAAUGUUAAUAGAAGAAGAUUGUCAUUUCAAAGCUCGACUUUAAUUAAUUAUUGAGGUAACAAAAAAAAUUAUUUUUCGGGAUUGGAAAUCAUCAAAUUUUGAGAGAAUGAAAAAAUUAGGCAACGGUUGACGGCUUCAAGACUAAAGAGCUUAAAUACAUGACAAAAAAUGCGUUCUGUUACAAAAACUCUUGAAAAAACAAACUAAUAAAGCUAAUUUCAGCAGCAAUUGAUAGGUUUGAUUGAGACCGAAAAUUGAUUAAAGUGAGAGUUCAUUUGGAAAAUUAAUUUUUUUUAACGGAAUACUUUAAAAAUAAUAAAACCUCAAAUUUUUGUUCAAAUGUUAAAUCACUUUAGUAGAUCGUGGAUCUCUCAGUAACAUUUUAAACUGUUCUCAAAACUUGUGUAUUCUCUAUCUUCAUGUGUUUUAUCGUGACCCAGCUUUUCUGAUCGAGAUAUAAUAGAUAUGAAAUGGUUCUCAAUGAGCUUUCACCAUAUCUGCGUCAAAAGUUUAAAUUCCUGCCCUGUUUAGAGGGAGGAACGUCGUUCUUUUCUCUUAAGAGGAAACAAAUAAUAAAAGCUAGCGGAUUUAUUACUCUCACCGUAAACAGAGGCAAGAGUUUAAACUUUCACGUACAAAUCUAUGGAAAAAUAGUAUACACACCACAGAGGAAGUUAGGACGCCCCAAUACGCGUGUUUUCCACUCUCGCCUUCGGCUCGAGUAGGCAAUUACACACGCGGCUUGGAAUAUUCUACUUUCCUAUCUUGGUAUGUAUUAUACUAUUAUUUUUGCAAUCUCACUCUUGGAUGAUAUAAUUUUGGUUUGAUUAGUUAUAAACAAAUAUAAUUUUUUUUUUGACUAGUAUAAUAAACAUUCCAGUUUUCAGUUCAUGGUAAAUUAAACAUGUUAAUAAUUAAAACUUUAAAGUUAAAUUGACAUUUAUAAAAUGUCAAUUUCACUUUCAUUUUUAUAAUUUAUCCGUGACUAUCGGUUGAGUCUCGAAUAUAAAUUUAGUGUUAAUUUUAAAAUAACAAUUAAUAAAUGUUGACAAUUUGGAUUUACGUAUUCAACAGAAAAUAAUCAGCGUAAAAAUUUAACAUGGACCGUUUUUGUGCUAUAAUACGCAAUAUUUUUUACUGUGCAUUCUUUCCAUUUGGAACCCCUUUCAAAAUCUAAAUGUUAAAUUUUUGAAACAUAACCCAAGUCGAAUUAUCAGACGUGAAUUGAACGUUUUAAAAGCUUUGAACGUAAAUUGAACGUUUUGAACGUAAAUUUAAUGUUUUGGACAUUAAAAUCUCAAAUUGGCCGUUUUUAUCUUAUUCAAAACGUAGAUUAGACUAUCACGAAUCCGAAACGCCAUUAAAUUCUAUUUAGACUUACAAAAACAAAAUAAAAGCAUACUAAUGAUUCCGGAAAGUAUCAUUACACAAAAAAUUGUUUUCCGAGUCUGAAUAUGUACAUGAUUUGUUAAGUCAUCCGACUUUGGAAAACGCCCGUGUGAUCGACUUUUUAAGGAAACCCAUAAUUAACUAUUAUCUCAAAAAGCAUUUCUCCGCUCAUAUCUCUGAUAGUCGUCUCAGUUUUUUGAGGAUCAAAUUUUUAGUCAACGAGUGUAGAAACAUUCUCAAAUGUAGCAAAGCAGAUAGGCGGGAAUUUGUUUGCUAAAAUAGAAAUUUAAAAAUCCUAGAAGAUGUUGCUAAUUUUUUAUUAUUCAUUGCUGAUUGAAAACUUGAAAAUGAUUGGAUUUUAUAAUUCAUCACUAUCUGAUUUUAUUUUACUACAAAGUAGAAUAUAAUAGUGCCACGUAUUAAUAAAUAUUUAUUAAAUCAUCUCAUGUUAAAAAAUCAUCUAUUAACAGUUAAUAAGGCUUAUUAAAUAUUAAAAAAUCCUUCUAUCAGUGUAAAACCGUAUUUACUUAAGUUUAUCAGAAGUCCACUCAGCUCAAGGGAUAAUUAUCGGCCUAUAAGGAAGGAAAGAGAUCGGAAAAAUAAAGAAUCUAGCUUUAUCGCAAAUUACAUUUUGGAUACUGUAAAAACUUUGAACCUUCAUUUUGAAUGUUUAAUACGCUCAAAACCUUCAAUUUACGUUUAAAAGCUUGAAAACUUUUAAUUUACGUCUAAUAUUUUGACUCGAGAAACACAAAUAAUCUUAAUAUAAUAUAUAAAGUUAUUUAAGUAAGUUCGUAAAUAUAUCACUCUUAAAAAUAAUCUUAAAAAAUUAACAAUUACCUAGAUAAUUAAAAAUAAACUAAGAUAAACUCUUGGUUGUUGAAUAAAUAUUUCGAUUCUAAUUGAAAUUAAAAAUAGUAAGACUGAUUGAGAUUUUAUGAUUUAAUAAUUUUUUAAAUCUUUGAUAAAAUAGUACCAUUAGAAUCAAAAUAUCACUCCAAAACCAAGAAUAUAAGUCGAAAUUAGCAUACUUGCCAAAUAACAUUGAUAAGCCAUAAGCAAACUAUCGAUAUUCAACACACCGUAAAAUUUGUCGUAAGUGACUACGAAAAACUAUAGUUUUUCUUAUGACAUUAAACAUAGAAAACAUUAAAUGUAUGGUAAAAUAAUACCCUCAUCCACUUUUGGUUUUAAAACGAUAAUAUUGAGUGAAU